AUUUUUUGGAUUGAGGAUACUCGAAGCUAGCUAUUGUAAUUGUUGCAGCCAGUAACGAAACUGCUUUUGUAUUUUGUUCUGGCCAAGAAGCGAUAUACAUGACUGUAUCGGUAUAAGGUUUCCUGGUAGAUGUUCUAGCGCCGAAGUGAUUUGGUAUUUCAAUGGUCACUCCUCCACCUCUACGAUACUACUAGUACAUGCGGUUGACCUGUGCUGGGUAUUUUUGGCCAUUUCAGUCUCGUUCCUAUAAUACCAACCUCAUCCAGAUUUAAUUUAUGACAAAGUAAAGCGUGUGUGUGUGACGGUGAGGCAUGAAGCUAACGCAAGAGGUGUUGAGGUCGUUCACCGUUGCGAAGGUUUUUAGAGAGAACAACGAUCGUGUAAAUUCUCUUAGCUACUCAGCCAAUGGGGAGCUGCUCAUUUCGAGUAGCGAUGACGACUCUAUUGUAGUUUAUGAUUGCCAGAGCGGCGUGCAGAAGAACACACAGAACAGCAAGAAGUAUGGUUGUGACCUUGUCAAGUACACACAUGCCGCCAAUGCUGUUCUGCAUGCAUCCACCAAGGUUGAUGAUCAAAUCCGCUAUCUUUCACUGCAUGACAUGAAGUACUUGCGGUAUUUCGGCGGGCAUACACGGCGAGUUGUAGCCUUGGAUAUGUCGCCCAUAGAUGAUACGUUCAUUUCAGGCUCCCUGGACCGGACAGUUCGAUUAUGGGAUCUUCGGUCACAGUCGUGUCAAGGCUUGAUGUCUCUCUCUGGACGGCCGGUCGCGGCAUUCGAUCCGGAAGGUCUCGUGUUUGCCGCCGGUAUUGACUCGCAGCAUGUGAAGCUUUACGAUCUGCGCAGUUACGACAAGGGACCGUUCAGCACCUUUCCCAACGUGAAUCGUCAGCUGGGUAACACCGGGGACUGGCAGCUGCUGAAGUUCUCACCUGAUGGCAAGCAGAUUGCAAUCACAUCUGCGCAGGGUAUUGUUCUACUCUUGGAUGCGUUCUCCGGACAGGAGCUGUACACGUUCCGCAUUGCGCCGCCAGCCAAUACAAGCAGUGCAAGUGGCAUUCGACCUAGCAUCCUCAUUGAUGCCACAUUCACUCCUGACUCAAAGUUCCUCAUUGUUGGUGCUGGUGAUGGCCACAUCCAUCUCUUCAAUACAAAGACAGGUGCCUUGCUGAACCAGCUGGAGGGCCCGCAUCCUACUGCAUGCCGGUGCGUGGCUUUUAAUCCCAAGUACAUGAUGUUGGCUAGUGCUUGCUCGGUGAUGGCUUUCUGGAUUCCAGAUCUGAACAGCCCAGCGGUCGAACCUAUGUGAGAGCAUAUUGCUUGGGCAACUCGAUGCAACCUCUGCUACUGCUGGCUGUUGUCAGAAUCGCACUUGACUGUACAUUCUCUUCUCUUUUUUUAGCCGUCGUAUAUACUCCAACGAACCUGACCCGUUGCGUUCUUCCGCUCUGUCCGGAAUAUUGCAUAUGCCAUUAUAAUGCUGUGUUUAUCCUCGCAUGCUAUGCUGGCUGUUGACAUGAACCCUAGCCUCAGCUCCCUACUGCUGGACAGUGUACACGAUCAUGUACAGCUGCUAGACCGAAAUCCUGAAACCCAGCUUGCUUUCUCUCUCUCUCUCUCUCUCUCUCUCUCUCUCUCUCUCUCUCUCUCUCUCUCCAUUGUACAUAUACUUGCGAGUGCUUGUAAAUCUGCUGACGUUGUUUUAUUUGUCAAUGUACAUAGUAUUACGAUGCGUAAUUUGUUUUUGUCUGAUUUCUCAUACUUUUCUAUCUUCCUGUACAGCUCUGGUCUAGCUGCUGCUGCAGAGGCAUAAUUUUUGAUUUUGAUUGUGAAUGGUUUCCCUGUUGCUACUUUAGUUGGAAAAAAUUAGAAUUUAUAAUUUCA